AUUCCAUUUCUGAAUUCAAUCAUCCCAAUUCCCAACAUCCAUAGAAAAACAGAUACACCUACUUCUAUAUCUAUAUAUACACAUAUAACUUCUUUAUUAUCUCUCUUUCUUUCUUGGGUAUCUUGAGCUUCAAUCACUUGUUUGUUUGACUGAUUGCCCAAUUUAGAUGAGUUCUUCUUAACAAGCCAUCAUGAAGGGGUUGCUCAAGCAUUUGGAAUCCAUCAUCAUAUCAACCAGAAAAUUGGAGACGGUUAAAGAAGGGAUAUUAUCGUUUGGAAGAAGGAUCUAGCUAGCUAGGGUUCGAUCAUCAUCAAAAGAUAGGCCUGAAAGUUCAACUUUAGAACUUCUACGUUUUGAUUCUAUUACAUAUAGAUAUAUAUAGCAAGGAACGAUGUCAGAAGAUUUGGAUAUCCAAGAGAGUACUGAAGAAGUUAGUUUGGAUCAAUACGGAGAAAACACAUCGUCUAUUUCUUCAAUAAAUAGGCAUGUCACGUCUUUUGAUUUGAACGAAGAAGCAAGCAGCCAAGAAGAAAAUGAUUUCUCUGCCGAGGAUGAAGAGAAGAACGAAGAAGGAAGUUCAUCAUCAAAGAAUAGAAAAGGUCCGGUUAGGCAAUAUGUGCGCUCCAAAAUGCCUAGACUCCGUUGGACUCCUGAACUCCAUCACACGUUUGUGAACGCUAUCGAAAGGCUUGGUGGACAAGAGAAAGCAACUCCAAAAUCUGUUCUCCAGCUAAUGAAUGUGAGAGGAUUAAGCAUUGCUCAUGUUAAAAGUCAUUUGCAGAUGUUCAGAAGCAAGAAACUUGAUGAUUCUGGGCAAGUAUUAUCUCAAAGAUCUACAAUGACAAUACAAGGAAGACCACACAUUUAUAGCAAUCUAUACUCCAGAAGUAAUCCCUUUGAGCACUUGAAACUUGCAAAUGGUGGGAUUGUUCUAGCAGGAAAUUUAGAAGAGGGUAAUCAUCACCAUAAAAAUCAUCUUCAUGAUUCUGCCUUUCGGUCAACACGCAACGUCCAAAAUUAUCUGUCAAGGCACCAACUAUGGCUAUCGAAUCAAAAUCUACUGUCUACGCCCGUGAGAAGAGAAUGUGGACGCGGGAAUAUGAAUGUUAUGCAUCAAAUACAGCACAAGCCAUCCGAUUCAAAACAAAUUGUUAAUACAUUGGAUUCAAGAAUCCGAUAUGGGCCUAUGAGACCUAGCCAAUUUCUAGAGGAAAAGAAGUGGCCGCCACAUGAUCAAAGAAAAGACCAUUGGUUACCUGUUACAAACAAUUUUCCAAACAGUACAUCCUCGGAUCAAUUAGGUAUUUAUCAACGUCAAUGGUAUCGCCGAGAGAGACAAAGGUUUGAGCACUGUCAAACAUCAUUCAACAAUUCUACAACAAUGUCGAAUUUACAAUCUGAAACCACAUUUCCCUCAUAUCUACUUGAGAAUGAAACGAAGCCUGAUUUGCAGCUUCGCUUGAGCCAUAAUAAAGGCGUAGACGAUCAUCAAAGGAAUAAUACGCCUGAAAUCAAUACAAUCCUUUCUCUUUCUUUGAAAGAGACAUAACCAUCAUCCUAGCUAGAGUAAGUUAAACUGCGUAAUACGAUUCCAUAUAUAUGUAACAUUAGGCUGGACGGAGGCGAGUACUUAAGAUCUGACCAAGCUCACCGAUUUACAUAGGAGCUAGUGAGAUCUUCAAAGUACUUGUUUUCAAUGCCAUUAUUUACAAAAUUCUUUUCUAUCUAAAGUAGUAGGAAACAUUUGCGUUGUAGUUCAGUUCGCAUGUAAAAUUAACAAUAUCGUGGCUAUUUUGUA